AUUAGAUUCCUCAGAUUAGGAUUUCUCCUCAUAUAGACCUACUGUACAAAAACUGUAUUUUCACAUUUCCACAUGUAAUUUGCAGUAGCUGUUAUAACAAACACACAGUCAGACCACAGCGGGAAGUGACAGCUUGAAGUGAAGGAUAAAAAUAGCCCUCACUGUAUUUAGAAUAGGGUGGGUUUCUGCUCUCUUGACCAAAUGCUUCUGUCAAUCAAGACUUCAAACAAGAUGGCAGACAAAGGGAACUGGGCUUUGGCAAUAACAGUCUGCGUGGCCGGUUUUCUGGUGGUCCGGGCAGACAUUAUCACAGACGCUCCGGUGGGUCAGCUGUUUGUCUAUGAGCUACACCGAGAGGUUUUCCAGAGUGAAUUUGAGCCUUUUCAUAAAGUCUUCCAUGGUCAUGUUUACAAUGAUCCCAUGGUGUUUAAAUGCAACAAGGAGCGAUUUCCAGAUCUGCCCCAGUGGCUCCGCUUCACCCAGAGGGAUUUUUAUGAGAACGGAUUCCUGUACGGGACGCCGCUGCCACAGGACAAGGGCAGGAACAUCAUCGAGAUAUUUGUGAUCAACAAACGGAGUUAUGACACAUUUCGAGAGAGGCUGGUGAUAAACGUGGGUCCUGCAGUAAAGCGCAUGCCGUACCAGGCUGAGUUCUUCAUAGAGCGGCGAGAGAUCGAGAAGGUGCUGCCUGCUGCUGUUCAAAAGGAGAUUCAACUGGACAUUCAGCAUCUGUGGGGAACCGAAAGGCUGGAUUUUGUGAACAUUACCUCUGCUCUGGACAGGGGCGGCCGUCCCCUUCCUCUUCCAGGAUAUUUUGAGGGUGUGUAUGUGAAACUGGGUUCAGACCGGCCCUUUUCCAAAUGUAUGCUGAGACUUGUGACGCCGGAGCACCAGAGAGAGUGUGAAGCCGGAGGGAAGCUCACCGGAGACUGCAGCACCUGCACAAACCCCAUCAACUGCAUAACCUGGUGCAAAUCUGUCCUGUUUGAUCUGUCCAAGCCUGUUCCUCCUGCCCCGCUCCCUACCAUGGGUUCAGGUGUCCUCGCGUGGGGUGGAGAGUUCAGUCCUCCAGAGUCUCCGCCCGAGAGAGAUUUCUUCCCCGACUACAUAGUCACUGUCAUCGUUCCCUUCGCUCUGGCUUUGAUCCUCUGUCUCAUCCUGGCCUACAUCAUGUGCUGUAGGAGAGAGGGAGUUCUGAAACGAAAUGCCAAGACCCCUGAUCUCCAGCUGUACCAUCACCACACCAUCCAGGAUAACGCCAACGAGCUGCGGAGAAUGGCCAGCGGUGACAGGCUCACCGUGGAUCCGCCUCGGCAGUGCUUACAGCCGCUCCUCAUGGCGGAGCAGGCGAUGGCGGAGCGCUGAGAGACAUUACAGAGAAUGUUUUUAACUUUCACUAUUUGUUUUUUGCUUUGUGUGUCUUUGAGGAAUACUUCACCCAAAAAAGAAAAUUCACCCAAAAAUGUUGUUCCAAACCUGUAUGCUGUUGUUGUUUUUCAUGAAACUCAACAGGAGAAAUUUGGAGAAGUCCUUAUGCAGCUCUACAGAUGGUUGAUAAGGUCUAAAAACAAGGGCAUAUGACCCGUGCUGUGCAAUGAUUUAAAGUCUUUAUAUGAGGAACAGAAUGAAACAAAGUCUCUUCAUCAUGUAAUGCUUUGCUUCUUAAGUCAUAUUGAAUGCUUUUAGUAAGGACCAUGAAUAUCACUGUCAGUAUGCAGUAGUCAAAUCUGAUUCAUCUGUUUAACCCCCUGGUAGUCUUCAGUCAUUUUAAACAGAAAAAAAAUUACAUUUUUAAUUUUUUUAAUUUUUGGUAUGCAAUACAAAGAGACACACACACAAAACAUGAUGGCAAAUGGUGUUAAAAAUAGUCACACUUGUAAUCUUCACUGUCAAAAAUGACCACCAUAGGAAAUAAAUAGAAAACACAAAAAUACAGAGAAAUCUUUUAGGGUAAAUCUACAAAUUAAUAUAUAUACAGCUGGUUACACAAUAGUCAUAACAUAUGAUUUUCUUUAUUUAUUCCACCAGAUGGCACCAAUCUGCCUUCCAUGCAUUUGAUUUGAAAUACAUUUGCUAUAUUUAGGCUAUCACUGUAUUAAUACCAGAGGGUUAAAAAGGUUAAGCAUUGGUACUUAUACCAAUGCUGGAUCAGUAAAUUCCAGACUAUCAACAAUGUAAUGGGAACAUGGUCUUUGUUUGGAGUUUGGAUCACUAUACUAACUCUUAUAUCAACAAUUGUAUGCGGUGUAAAAUGUAAUUUGAUGUGAAAUAAAUUAAUAAAACUUUAAGUCUGUGAAUGUUA